CAACAUAUUUUCUAACAUUUGUCUACAAUCCUUGUCAUCAAAGAAAUAACAAAAUUUGCUUAACAUAAAACUAGCAUUGACCAACCUUGAAAAGCUUACAAGAGUAUAUUCAGUAUAUUCACAAAGUUUUAAUGGAUAUUGAAAAUCAAGCAUUUUCAUUAGACUCAACCCUCUCUCUCUACCAUUCCCGAUCUUCCACAUUCAUUCAGCUUUUCAUCAGCAGAGCCAAGCAAAGCAAAGUGAUGGCGGGGCACGUGGCACAUGUUGUGUACAAGGGUCCAAGUGUGGUGAAGGAAAUUAUCAUUGGGAUUAGCCUCGGGCUUGUUGCGGGAGGCUUCUGGAAAAUGCACCACUGGAACACUCAGAGGAGAACAAAGGAGUUCUAUGACAUGCUUGAGAAGGGUCAGAUAAGUGUUGUCCACGAUGAGGAAUAGAUGCUAAUGUGACCUAAAAAGAAUUCUGAACAUCGUUUUGUUUACUAUUAUGCGACGAAUGUAUGCAUGAAAAGCAAACUACUAUAUAAAAGACUAAAUGUUUAUUGGUAUAUUGCAUUGUAUUAAUGGGGCAGGGAACCCUUUAGCCAUUCUUCUUUGCAGAAUAAUUCUUGAAAACUUUUUGUUGGAUUGAGCUUGAAGGAAGAUAAUGUUGUUUUGGAAUCAUCUGACUAUCGUGUUUUAAUGCUUGCUUGUUUUUUUACCUCCAAUAUCUUUGUUUCCUUGAGAAGCAAUUUAGGGUACAUUUAUCCUAUCUUCAACCUAUGUAUGUCAAGGCAAAUGUUGAGGCAAUCUGCUGCAAAUGUUACUCUACGACCCAAAAUUGUGUUUUUUUUCCUCCAUUCCAAAAUUAAAUUUUAGGUGUAUUA